AUGAAGUUCACAGCAGCAAUUGCGGCGCUCAUCCUCGCAGCGACCGUCACCGCUACCGCCCUCCCCAACGCCGACGCACGAUGCGGUUACCCCGGCCAACCCUGUGGCAAAGUCAAGGCCCGUCUUGCAGAGCCCGAAGCCGAUGCACGAUGUGGUUACCCAGGACAGCCAUGUGGCAAAGCAAAGCGUGAUGCUAUGCCAGAUGCCGAUGCUCGCUGUGGUUACCCCGGCCAACCGUGCGGUAAAGUCAAGCGUGCAGCUGAGGCAUUCGCUGAAGCUCUCGUCCCGAAGCCCGGACAUAUCUUGCCCAGAGAUCUCCACCUUACGGCCAGAUGUGACAUGGGUUCCUGCUACGAAGCCAAGCGCAUGACCCGCGAUCUCGCAGCCAUCGUCGCCGAGACCACAGAAGACCCCGCUGCGUACUACGUGAGCCUUGGUCUCGAGGAUGAAGAGACCUCCGAGAAACUCAAGCGUGAAGCCAGCGCCCGAUGCGGAUACCCAGGACAACCAUGCGGCAAAGUCAAGCGUGAUGCUGCACCCGAGCCAGAGGCAGAUGCACGAUGCGGAUACCCAGGACAACCGUGCGGAAAGGCCAAGCGUGAGGCUGACCCAGAGGCGGAUGCUAGAUGUGGAUACCCAGGACAGCCAUGUGGCAAGCUAAAGAGAGCUGCUGAGGCCGUCGCCGCGGCUAUCGCUGAGGCUGAGCCAGCUGCUCGAUGCGGUUACCCAGGACAGCCGUGUGGAAAGGCCAAGCGUGAUGCUUUCGCCUUGGCACAUGCUGUUGAUCUUGUUCUCGGCAACCUUUAGAUUCAUCUUCGAAUCUUAGCCUUGGGCACUUAGGAGGGGCACGGCAAUUUUGGCGUUCAUGGCAUGUUCUCUUCCUGCAUUUUUCUUCUCAACUUUCGAUUCUAAACUCUGCAUUACAACAUGAAUAACGCUCUCUUCGAGGGCUGUCUGUUUGGG